AAAAUCGUGAGGAUAUGCUGAGUUCAAAAAGCAACAGACUGACGGAAGCUUUGGAAGAAGCCAAUAAACUGUUUAGUGGAGUUUCCUGUGCACGAGAGGCUGCGCUGGAUGCCCAAUUUCUUGUCUUAGCCUCAAAUCUAGGAAAGGAGAAGGCCAAUGAGUUGCACUCUGACAUGACAACAUUUGAUUCACUAGUAUUUGCAGAGGACUUGUUAACCUUCAUGGGUAUAAAUCGCAUAGAAGUAGAAGAAAAUGACAGUGAUUCUGACAGCAUUUCAGGCUAUCUACCUAAUGAUGCCUGGCAUAAACUGGGAGAACAAACAGAAAAGUACUUCAGAAGAGCACCUUCUUUUCACUACAUGUUGGGAUCUUUCAAGUCUGAUCCUCCUGUACCAAGGCAACGGAUUGAGAGGCAGAAAAAGACUACAGGAAGAGAAGAAAAAAGGGCAAUGCCUGCUCAGUUAAAAAAAAUGGAGGAGUCUCAUCAGGAAGCUACAGAAAAAGAAGUAGAGAGGAUUUUGGGAUUAUUGCAAACUCAUUUUAAAAAUGAUCCUAGUACACCUAUUUCUUUCUUUGAUCUUGUGAUUGAUCCCAACUCUUUUGCACGCACUGUGGAAAACAUCUUUCAUGUGUCCUUCAUUAUAAGGGAUGGUUUUGCAAGAAUAAAGCUGGAUGAAGAUAAAUUGCCAAUAAUAGAGCCUUCAGAAGACAACGAGGGAGGGGAGGAUGGCCAUAGUGCUGGAGCACGGAACCAGGUGGUCUUGUCUCUGAGCUAUCAAGAAUGGAAGGAGAUUGUAGAUACAUAUGAAAUUACAGAACCCAUGAUUACCCCUCCUCAUCAUAGAAAUGAAGAUGAAAUGGAGAUAG